AUGUCUGGAUUUAUAGCGGGAUCCAAUGACACCACUACCGCCUCUACAGCUACCCCAUUAUCACCCGCCUCGACAUUGGAAACACAAUCAUACACAAUAGUAAUCAAAAUUGGUAGCUCAUCAUUAGUCGAUAAUGUAACUAGAGAACCAAAAUUGUCAAUAAUGACUAAAGUGGUCGAAACUGUUAGUUGUUUGAAAAAAUUGGGUCAUAAAGUAAUAAUCGUCUCAAGUGGUGGAAUUGCCAUUGGAUUAAAUUCAAUGAAUAUUAUAAAUAAACCACAAGUUUUAUCAGAAAUUCAAGCAUUAGCAGCAAUAGGUCAAGGAAAAUUGAUUUCAAUGUGGGAAAUGUUAUUCAGACAAUAUGAUCAAAAAGUGGCUCAAAUUUUAUUAACAAGAAAUGAUAUAUUAAAUUGGAAUCAAUUUAAAAAUGCUCAAAAUACAAUUAAUGCUUUAUUAAAUCUAAAUGUUGUACCCAUUGUAAAUGAAAAUGAUACUUUAUCAAUUAGUGAAAUUAAAUUCGGUGAUAAUGAUAAUUUAUCUGCCAUUACAUCUGUCUUAAUUAAUGCAGAUUAUUUGUUCUUAUUUACUGACGUGGAUUGUCUCUAUACAGAAAACCCAAACCAAUUACAAUCACAUUUACACUCACAACAUUCUUCAACUUCUCUUGCCUCUUUAUCCUCUUGGGCAUCAAGAAUUUCUUUGAAUGAUCAAUCUCCAGCUUCAACUUCAAUGUUUAAUUCUCAAAUGAAUUUACAAAAAUUGACUUCCCCUGAUCUUCAAAAUUACAACCCUAAUAUUGAAAAUGAUACUAUUAAUGGUCCAACUCCAAUAUUAACCGUAUUUAAUACAAAACAGAAAAAUAUUUCCAAAUUAUUGAAAAAUUGUUCCACUUUAAAUAAAUCCGGUUCUAACAUUGGUUCAGGUGGUAUGACAACUAAAAUUAUGGCCGCUGAAUUAGCAACUAAUGUCGGAAUCCAUACAAUAAUAAUGAAUAGUAUUCAACCAUUAAACGUUUUAAAAAUAAUUAAUUAUAUUGAAUUGGAAUUUGAUACCAAAAAAAAUUUUAAAGAUUUUAAUUAUAAAGAAGAAUUGAAUAAUAUUAUUAAAUUAAAUAUACCAUUACAUACAAAAUUCAUCGCUAAUAAAAAGGCAAGAAAUAAUAAAAAUUUAAAACGAAAAAAAAAUAAAUCUACACAAAAUUCUUAUUCUUAUUCUUAUUCUUAUCAUGAUGAUAUUAAAGAUGGUAAUGAUGAAUUGAUGGAAAGUAUAGAUAAAAAUGAUUAUAUUAAUAAGAGAGAAUUUUGGAUCCUUCAUGGUUUAAUAUCAAAAGGUUCCAUCAUUAUAGAUAACGAAUCAUAUAAUGAUUUAAUUUCAUCCACUACAAAGGAAUAUGAAGGUUUAUUACCCAAAGAUAUUAUAGAUAUCGAAGAUAAUUUCCAUGAAUUAGAAUGUGUAGAAGUGAAAGUGGGACAAAAAUUACCAAACGGUCAAUUAAAUUAUGAAAUACCAUUAAAAUUGAUAGGAAGAGCAAGAUGUAACUAUACAAGUUUGGAAAUUAAUAAAAUUAAAGGUUUGAAAAAUAGUAAUCAAAUUGAAGAUAUAUUAGGUUACGCAGAUUCGAAAUUUAUUGCUAAUAAGGAAAAUUUGGCUCUUUUACCACGUUAA